GCUAGAGACGACGCAAGGCUCCGUGAUCCUGGACUUGAGUGCUUAUUAAUCUGGAAGGUAGGAGGCAGCUAAUGGGAAAUAGUCGGGAGAUAGAAGCCGACACAACGCAGACAGCGGGAAAUGAGUGGAUGUCCUGAGGGGAGAACCAUUUCAGCUGGCGACAGACUCCUUUACCUGUUUACAUAUAACUCAUAAAAUCGAACUAUCGUUAUCAAACGGCUCAGGUUAGGCUACGCACAAACGGAAGAGUGUGACUAGACUAGGAACUGAAGUCUAAAAUGUCAGGGUUUCCUGGACCCUCACAACUACUCGUGGCAGUGAAGGAGGAGAUAAAAGAAGAAGAAGAAGAAUUUGAUCAUUUCCUACACGAGUAUCUGAGUGCAAUUCAUGAAGAGGAUGAAAAGCCUGUACUGCAAUAUGACUAUAAGACUGAAACACACACAGCACCAAUCUUGACCUGCAAAGAAGAGGAGUCUCCACUGACGAACAUUAAAGAGGAAGAAGAAUAUGAUUUAAGAGAAUUUGAUCAUGAGGACACUUCUCUGAGAAGAGGCUCUCAAAGGAUUCAGUCUCACAAAAAAGUGAGGAACACUGAGGAAAAAAGACACAAGAAGAAAAAUGACAAACGUUUCCGGUGCAGGAAGACUUCGUACCGAAAAUCACAUCAGCGACUGGUUACCAAGGAGACAAAACAUGAAUGCCCUCAGUGUUCCAGAACCUUUGUGUCAUUUUCCACUCUUGCAAUUCAUCAACGAGUGCACACAGGAAACAAGCCCCAUCAGUGCAGCACAUGUGGCAAGAAUUUCAGCAUUAUCUCAAAUCUCGCUAGACAUCAGAUCAUGCAUACUGGAGAGAAGCCGUAUCGGUGUUCUCAAUGCGGAAAGACCUAUUUUCGAAUAUCUGAUCUCAGGCUACACGAGAUGAUCCAUACUGGAGAAAGGCCAUAUCAUUGCACUACGUGCGAAAAGAGUUACAGGACUAUGUCAGAUCUUACCAAACAUCAAAUUGUGCAUAGGCCUAAUGGUGAAAAGGCACAUGAGUGUCCUCAGUGUGGAAAAACAUGUUGGAGAGCAUAUGACCUCAAGAAACAUCAGAUGAUCCAUACUGGGGAAAGGCCAUAUGAAUGUUCUACAUGUGGAAAGAGUUUCAGGGCGAGGCCAGACCUCACCAAACAUCAGAUCACACAUAAUAGGGAAAAGCCAUACAAGUGUUCUCAGUGUGAAAAGUCCUUCAUGAGUAUCUAUCAUCUUAAAAGACAUCAGAUGAUCCAUACUGGGGAAAAGCCAUAUCAAUGUACUGUGUGUGGGAAGAGUUUCAGGCGUAGCUCACAACUCGCUACUCAUCAGAUGACACACACAGAAAAGCCUCACAGAGAAAAAAAGCCUCAUAAGUGCUCUCAGUGUGGAAACGGCUUCACAACUGCAGGUAGUCUUGGGGCACAUCAGAUUAUUCAUACAGGAGAAAAACCUUUUAAAUGUUCACAGUGUGGAAAGGCCUACAAUAACCUCUCUAAUCUUAGUGCACACAAGAAAACACACAGUGGAGGAAAGCCAUAUCACUGCAGCACAUGUGGGAAGAGUUUCAGAAGUAGAGCAGAUCUUGCCGAUCAUGAAACCAUACACACUGGAGAGAAGCCUCAGAAGUGUUCUCAGUGUGGAGAGACUUUUGGUCGAAGGUUUCAACUCAAAUAUCACCACAAGAAAUGACUCUGCAGAAUAUCAACAAUUGAGCAAACAUUUGUUUUGUCAUUAAUGGCAUGCUGUCUGAAGCUGUGGUAACAAAUAUUAAGGUAAAUCCAAUAUUGUUAUACCGGUACAUUUAUCACUUUGUCCCGCAAUACCAAAGGCCUUACAGAGAGUGUUUCAAUGAGUAACGCUAACUUAAAUAAUAUAGUUCUGUCGUCACACGAAUCUGAACAGUCUCAUGCUCAUAGACCAGCCCUUAGUUAUGUAGAUUGGUAUACAUUACUAUGAUCAUCGGCCCUUAGUUAUGUAGAUUGGUAUACAUUACUAUGACCAUCGGCCCUUAGUUAUAUAGAUUGGUAUACAUUACUAUGGCCAUCGGCCCAUACUUAUGUAGAUUGGUGUACAUUACUAUGACUAUCGGCCCUUAGUUAUAUAGAUUGGUAUACAUUACUAUGACCAUCGGCCCUUAGUUAUAUAGAUUGGUAUACAUUACUAUGAUCAUGGGCCCUUAGUUAUAUAGAUUGGUAUACAUUACUAAGACCAUCGGCCUUUAGUUAUAUAUUGGUAUACAUUACUAUGAGCCUUUAUGUAGAUUGGUAUGCAUUAUUAUGAUUCAUUGUGAACAGAAUGUCCCUGCUUUGUGACCUAUUAUGAAUGUAUGAGUAAUGUUUCAUGGAUACUGUGUUGAAAUAACUCUUUGUGUUUAAUAAAUCUUUAUUGGCAUGUUUGUAUAACAGCACAUUGGUGAAUAUCU